UCUACACACUCUGUUAGCUUGCAGUCACUACUGAGUCCUCUCACUUCUCAAAACCUCACAAAGCCUCAAAACAAUGCCAUCAUCAUCAUCCAUGGAGUCACUGAUCCUCCAACUCCACGAGAUCGGCGCCGUGAAGUUCGGAAACUUCAAACUCAAAUCGGGAAUCAUCUCCCCGGUCUACAUCGACCUCCGCCUCAUCGUCUCCUACCCUUCCCUCCUAACCCUAAUCUCCCAAACCCUAAUCACCUCCCUCCCACCCUCCACCCACUACGACGUCGUCUGCGGCGUCCCUUACACCGCCCUCCCGAUCGCCACCGUCGUCUCCGUCACCAACUCCAUCCCCAUGCUCAUGCGCCGCAAGGAGAUCAAGGACUACGGCACCUCCAAAGCCAUCGAGGGAGUCUUCGAAAAGGACCAGACUUGCCUCAUAAUCGAGGAUCUCGUGACCAGCGGGGGCUCGGUUCUGGAGACGGCGGCGCCUCUCCGUGGGGUCGGGCUCAGGGUCAGCGACGCGGUGGUGUUGAUUGAUAGGGAGCAGGGUGGGAGGGAGAAUCUGGAGGAGAAUGGGAUUAGGUUGCAUUCGAUGAUUAGGUUGACGGAUAUGGUUAGGGUUUUGAAGGAGAAGGGGAAGAUUGAGGAGGAGGCGGAAGUGAACUUGCUUAGGUUUUUGGAGGAGAAUCGUAGGGUUAGUGUUCCGUCUGUGGAGAAGGUUAAGACUAAGGCUUUGGGGUUUAAGGAGAGGUCUGAGAUGUGUAAGAAUCUGAUGGGGAAGAAGCUGUUUGAGGUUAUGAUGGAGAAAAAAACUAAUCUUUGCUUAGCUGCUGAUGUUGGUACUGCUGCUGAGUUGCUUGACAUUGCUGACAAGGUGGGACCAGAGAUAUGUAUGUUGAAGACACAUGUUGAUAUCCUUCCUGAUUUCACCUCUGAUUUUGGCUCUAAACUCCGUUCGAUUGCAGACAAGCACAACUUUGUCAUAUUUGAGGAUCGCAAGUUUGCAGACAUUGGCAACACUGUCACAAUGCAGUAUGAAGGAGGCGUGUUUAAGAUAUUAGAAUGGGCUGAUAUCAUAAACGCUCACAUCAUAUCAGGGCCAGGAAUCGUGGACGGUCUCAAGUUGAAGGGUUUGCCACGUGGUAAGGGUCUGCUUUUGUUAGCUGAGAUGAGCUCUGCUGGUAACCUAGCCACAGGAGACUACACUGCAGCAGCGGUGAAAAUCGCAGAGGCUCAUUCAGAUUUCGUGAUGGGGUUCAUCUCGGUUAAUCCAGCGUCUUGGAAAUGCGGAAAUGUGAAUCCGUCUAUGAUCCAUGCAACCCCUGGUGUUCAGAUGGUGAAAGGUGGUGAUGCACUUGGUCAACAGUACAACACUCCACACUCCGUGAUUACUGAGAGGGGAAGUGACAUUAUAAUCGUGGGAAGGGGGAUCAUAAAGGCGGAGAACCCUGCAGUGACGGCUCGUGAGUAUCGAGAUGAAGGCUGGAAAGCUUACGUGGAGAAAUGCUCUCAGUAGUUUCGAUUCUGUGAGGUGGUUGAGUUUGUGUUCUGAUGCUAUUUUGUGUGAGUUCUGUGAUUCAUGUGAGUUUUAAAACUCAUGUCUCGUUGAUUUGUAAUUUGAUCUCAAAUCUCAAAUAAGUGUGAGCGUGGAGAGCUAUUAUCAUAUGGUUAUGUAUUUGCUUUGAGAAUCUCUCUUUAAUAAAAUAAAACGUUACCGGUUUAACAACAAAAA